AUGGCUAUGAUUGUUUUGCCAAAUAUCAUUGGCUUCAUUAUGGUCAUCGUACUAACUCAACUUCUAUUGGAGUGCGACAAGCGUACCUAUGUUGUUGGAUGGAUCUGCAUGAUCUUUUCUCUAUUAGUAUAUGUUGCUCCUUUGUGCAUUGUGAGAAAAGUCAUUCGAACCAGAAGCGUCAAAUACAUGCCGUUUCUUCUGUCACUUUUCCUCACUAUAAGUGCUACUGUGUGGUUUUUUUACGGCAUAUUGCGCAACGACUUAUCUAUUUUGAUUCCCUAUAUGCUUGGUUUCAUAUGUGGUAUACUUCAAUUGGUGUUGUAUUUCAUAUACAAGAAUGCAAAGGAAAAAGGCAAUGAGGAAAGGAACGAAAUCAAUGCAAUUGAAGAGGACAAUAGAGAUAGUUAG